AUGGCGGAGGGACUCGUCCUGAAAGGCACAAUGUGCGCCCACACCGACAUGGUCACCGCCAUCGCCACCCCACUCGAUAACUCCGACACUAUCGUCACAUCCUCUCGCGACAAGUCCAUCAUCCUCUGGAAACUCAACAAAGACGACAAGUCCUACGGCGUCGCUCAGCGCCGCCUCACCGGCCACUCCCACUUCGUCGAGGACGUAGUUCUCUCCUCCGACGGACAGUUCGCACUCUCCGGGAGCUGGGACGGCGAGCUUCGUCUCUGGGAUCUCGCCAUGGGAGUCUCCACUCGACGUUUCGUGGGGCACACGAAAGACGUUUUAUCCGUCGCUUUCUCGACAGAUAACCGUCAGAUUGUGUCUGCUUCUCGUGACGGUACGAUCAAGCUGUGGAAUACUCUUGGAGAAUGCAAGUACACGAUCGGGUCCGAUCAAAGCGAUGGCCACAAGCAGUGGGUUAGUUGCGUUAGGUUUAGUCCCAACACUCUUGUUCCGACCAUUGUGUCUGCUUCUUGGGAUCAGACCGUGAAGGUUUGGAAUCUUCAGAACUGUAAGAUUAGGAACACUCUCGCUGGCCACUCUGGUUACCUCAACACUGUGGCUGUGUCUCCUGAUGGGUCUUUGUGUGCUAGUGGUGGGAAAGAUGGUGCGAUCUUGCUUUGGGAUUUGGCUGAAGGGAAGAAGAUUUACUCUCUUGAGGGUGGUUCGAUUAUUCACUCUCUCUGCUGUAGUCCCAAUAGGUACUGGCUGUGUGCAGCUACGGAGAGUAGUAUUAGGAUAUGGGAUCUUGAGAGCAAGAGUAUUGUUGAGGAUUUGAAGGUUGAUCUCAAGGCUGAGGCUGAGAAGUCUGAUGCUUCUGUUGGAACAGGAAACAAGACAAAGGUGAUCUAUUGCACGAGCUUGAACUGGAGUGCAGAUGGAAGCACAUUGUUCAGCGGAUACACUGAUGGAGUUAUCAGAGUUUGGGGUCUUGGUCGUUAUUAG